AACUCGCCACUGUAUGUGCUUGAUGAUGACGGCAAAGAAUUGUGUGUAUCGGCCGAAGAUAACUUCGGAGGAUUUCUUUUUCGUGCAGUUCGGCAUCGCAUUGUUCUGUUACCGGAGGAGCAAUAUGCAUCGUUUUUUGUUCUGCUUACCACGCGAUCGUUCGUGUUUUCGACAUGGAUUGGCUCGAUUCUGGAUACUUUCAGCCGCAAAUAUUUCACGCAUUUCUUGCUCACCGUUCUUUUGUCCGAUUACGACUUGCUGCUCUCGUUCAUCGAAGUGGUUGUUGGCGAGCAAAUGCAACGUGAGAAUGAAUCGACACUGUUCCGGUGUGAUUCAUUUUGCACAUGCUGCAUUUCGACAGUACUACGUAUGAUCGGCAGGGAUUUGGCAGUGGAAGAACUGAAAAACUUCCUCUCUGCGAGUCAGCCGAAACAAGAGGUGGAAAUUAUGGUCGCCCUAAAAAGCUUAUCCGAGCAUCUGCCUCUGCUUUUCCGAGCUGUUCUCUCACGGGUAGUGAAGUCAGUGAAAGCAAAUUGCAAGGAUCACAUGUACAAUCAGCGGCGUGUUGUAAGCGCAUUCUUCAUUUUGCGAUUUGUCAAUCCUAUUUUGGCUUUCUGGAAUGAUGGAUGUGCUGAACAAUCGCGACAAAUGGCAAAAACAAUACAGUUAUUGGCGAAUCAAGCCGCUUCGCUAGAAUACAAACCGGUAAGAUUCAAAUUCCUGGUUUUGAUAUUCGAUGCCUGA